CUCCCUCUCUCCUACAUUGCGUUACUGUGCUCGAGAGGAGGAGAGUCGUCUAGAGAGAGAAGUUAGAGGUUGAGAUAGGGCGGCGGAGCGAUGACGUGGCGAGACAUCGACGAGUUGCCGAAGAUUCCGGCGAACUACACGGCGUUGACGCCGCUGUGGUUCCUGGAGAGGGCGGCGACGGUUCAUCCGGCGAGGAAAUCGCUGAUUCACGGAUCCAUAGAGUACACCUGGCGUCAGACCUACGAUCGGUGUCGCCGACUCGCCUCCGCUCUCGCCGAUCGGUCCAUCGGCCCCGGUUCCACGGUGGCCAUAAUCGCUCCGAACAUCCCCGCGAUGUAUGAAGCUCAUUUCGGAGUACCAAUGUCUGGAGCCGUGCUGAACUGUGUCAACAUUCGACUGAAUGCCCCAACGAUUGCGUUUCUUCUGGGCCACUCGCAAUCUGCAGUCGUGAUGGUUGACCAAGAGUUCUUCACCCUGGCAGAGGAAGCUCUGAAACUCAUGGAGGAGAAAGCAGGACCAGGGUUCAAGCCUCCUCUCCUGAUAGUCAUAGCCGACGAGACCUGUGGUCCCGAGUCGCUCCACCAUGCUCUGGCAAAAGGGGCCAUGGAGUACGAGAAGUUUCUUGAAACAGGCAACCCCGAGUAUGAGUGGAAGCCGCCUGCAGACGAGUGGCAGAGCCUAGCUCUGGGUUACACCUCUGGAACAACCGCUAGCCCAAAGGGAGUUGUGCUUCACCAUCGUGGUGCGUAUCUGAUGGCUCUUAGCAAUCCUAUCAUUUGGGGCAUGCAGGAAGGUGCCGUGUAUUUGUGGACACUUCCUAUGUUUCAUUGCAAUGGCUGGUGCUUCACUUGGUCCCUGGCAGCUCUCUGUGGAACAAGCAUAUGUCUCCGUCAGGUGACGGCAAAGGGUGUUUAUUCAGCCAUAGCCAAAUACAAGGUCACCCACUUCUGCGCCGCACCUGUGGUCCUCAACACCAUUGUUAACGCCCCACCAGAGGACACCAUUCUUCCCCUCCCUCACACUGUUCACGUCAUGACUGCUGGAGCCGCCCCUCCACCAUCCGUGCUCUUCGCCAUGAACCAGAAGGGAUUCCGGGUGGCCCACACCUACGGCCUGUCUGAGACAUAUGGCCCAUCCACCAUCUGUGCCUGGAAGCCAGAGUGGGAUUCCCUCCCACCCGAGACACAGGCACAGCUCAAUGCACGGCAGGGUGUUCGAUACGUUGGCCUCGAGCAGCUCGAUGUCAUCGAUUCCCGUACCGGGAAACCCGUCCCGGCUGACGGUAAAACAGUCGGGGAGAUCGUUUUCAGGGGAAACGUGGUGAUGAAAGGGUAUCUGAAAAAUCCGAAAGCGAAUGAAGAGACGUUCGCAGGAGGGUGGUUCCACUCGGGCGAUCUCGCCGUGAAACAUCCGGACAACUAUAUCGAGAUCAAGGACCGAUCCAAGGACAUAAUAAUAUCCGGAGGCGAGAACAUAAGCAGCGUGGAGGUGGAGAACGUAUUGUACAAUCACCCGGCUGUGCUGGAGGCAUCGGUGGUGGCACGACCGGACGAGCAGUGGCAGGAGUCGCCCUGUGCGUUCGUGACGGUGAAGAGUGGUUACGAGAAGGAGGACGAGAAAGGGUUGGGGGAAGACAUAAUGAGGUUCUGUCGGGAGAAGCUGCCGGCUUAUUGGGUGCCGAAGUCGGUGGUGUUCGGUCCGCUGCCGAAGACGGCCACCGGCAAAAUACAGAAGCAUAUUCUCAGGUCUAAGGCCAAAGAGAUGGGACCCAUCCCUAGAAGCAAGUUAUGAGAUCUGGUAAGUACAGUUAGAUGUCUCUUCCUGUCAUUUUGGAGAGAUGAUGGAUCUCAACAGACCUGACGAUUUCUUCUUUUCUCAGCAAUACCAGCAGGUACAUAGUCUCUCUAUCCAUUUCCAUCCAUUCUGUAUGUAAAUUCUAUACGUAUUUAUGUACGUAUACGAAUUCAUUGAGACCAAUAAUAUCGUAUUGGGUGACUUUGAUAGAUAUA